AUGAUAAAUAAAUUACAUUAUUAUGGAAAAAAAAAAUUGCAACGGCGGGGGAGUAUGUAUAUUUUUAAUGCAUUUUACAAGUGCCAAAACAAAAGUGAAAAACAUGGAUAUCUAAUCAAAUGCAUCAUCUAAAUCGAUAUGCAUCGAUUAAAUUCUGAUUGACAAUUGAUCAAUGAUGAUCAAAUCAAAAUGAUCAUUUACAUUAUUGUCAUCAUUUGGUGUAUAUGGAAUGAAGAAUAUCCAAUCCAAAAAAAAAAAUGUCCGAAAUUAUUGAUUUAUCCGAUUUAAUCGUUAAUGAUGAAGACAAUGAUGAUAAUGAAUUGAUAUAUCAAAAUCUUUUAUAUGGUGAAACAAUUCCAAACAAUACGAUAUUGUCAUCACCAUCAUCAAGCUGUUCUGUUUCCUAUCAUCAUAAUGAACGUCUUACAUCAUCAUCAAGUUGUUCAUCAUCAACUAUCAACAACAAUUAUGACCAUUUUGAUGAUGCAUUUUUAAUGCAAUCAUUUCCGUUUACAUCACAACAGCAACAACAACAACAACAGCAACAGAAUUUAUUCAAAUUCGAAUCAUCAUUUUUUUGUUAUUGGCUAAAUUGUUCAAAAUCAUUCACCACAUUGAAAGAAUUGAAUGACCAUAUUGGUUAUGAUCAUGUUGAACCACAAAAAUAUCAUGUUCAUCAACAACAAAAUUCUGGAAAAAAAUUCAUUUGUCAAUGGUAUAAUUGUAUGCGUGAUCGUAAACCAUUCGAUCAACGUUAUAAAUUAAUCAAUCAUAUGCGUAUUCAUUCGUGUUAUAAACCGAAAUUAUGUCAAUAUCCUGGAUGUGGAAAAAGUUUUUCACGACAAGAAAAUCUUAAAAAUCAUUAUCGUACACAUACCAGAGAGAAACCAUAUAUAUGUAAAAUUGGUGGCUGUAUGAAAACUUUUACCAAUACAUCGGAUAGAGCUAAACAUCGACGGGUACAUUUUGAUCCGAAACCAUGUCGAUGUAAAUUUCCUGGCUGUACAAAAGCAUAUACAGAUCCAAGUUCAUUACGAAAACAUCGAAAAAAUAAACACGCUACAAAUCGAAAUCUUUCCGAAUCAUGGUCAAUGUCAUCAUCAUCAUCAUCGCCAUCAUCAUCAUUUACCAAUAUGAAUUAUGAUAAUUCAAAUCUAGCACAUUCGUGGCCGAAUUCAAUAUUCACUAAUUAUGAAUCAAAUGAAUUGAAUUCUAAUCAAAAUGUUCAAAAUUAUGAAUCAUAUGUUACGCAACCGAUGCAACCAGAACAAAAUGGAUCUCAAAAUCAUCAUCAUUAUGGUAUUAUUAACAACGAAGGAUUGAUGAUUAUGGCAAAUGAUGAUCACCAACAUUAUUGUUCUGAUUCAUUACAAUCACAAUAUAAUGAUUCAUCAUCAUUUCGCAGUCAAAUUGUUGAACAAAAUUUUCAUUUUAAUAAUUAUUCAAUCGAUGAACAAGUGGAUUAUGGUAAUGGAAUAAUAAACAAUCACCACUACUAUCAAGACAAUGAUCUAUGGCAACAAAAUAAUCAAACUUUGUAUGCUUAUUAAUCAAUAAUAAUAUAAAUAUUUUUAACUACUACGAAUUUUCUAUAUACCAACAUUUGAUUACCAAUAAAAUCAAACAAUAAUACCGGUUAA